CAGUCGCUUUGUGGUUUUUGAACGCUCUAAUCCAAUAUCCUAAACUUAAACCACUCUCUCUUCCACCAUUCUAUUUUCUUCCUUUUUCUUUUCAUUUCAAAUCCCCGUUUUCCCUUCAUCCUCUCCCAUUUCUCUCUCUCAAUUCCUCUCUUCCUUCUUUUCCUUUCUCUUACCUACCCGUCUUCCUCUGAUUUGCAGGUUCCGGAUCCAGAAAUAUCACUUUUGGUUGAACCACGAUGAGGAAGACGGAGGAAGAGUAAAGUGAAAUUUACAGAAGCAGAACCAACAAAAAGAAACAGCUCAUCUUUUCUGAUACAAUAGCUGUCUUUUCUAAAAUCUAAAUUUGGCAUUGAGGGCAUCUUCGUAAUUGCCGAGUUGGGCGCUUUGUAAAUUGGCAUAUGCAACUUACUCUACCUUAUGGACUCUUGAAUGUCCAUGUUCUACUACUGUGCGCUUGCUAGGGGAAAUUAAUAUUCCCAGGAGAUGACAAAGCACCGGUUCAGAGAUUCUAUAAAGUCUCUAUUUGGGAGUCACCUUGAUCCAGUAACGGAAGAGCGGCUCAAAGGGAGUAAAUCAGAUGUCGAGGACAAGGUGAAUAAAAUUAAAAAGCUCAUAAGAGAUGAAGAUCUAGGAAUAAAAGACCCCGACCAAUCAGAAAAUCGCGAAAAACAGUCUGUUGAUGAAUUAAUUGAUGAUUUCCUUAAAGGUUACCAGGCACUCUAUGAACAAUACGACAGUUUGGCCGGUGAGUUGAGAAGAAAAUUUCAGAAAAGAAGGGAAAAGGAAAGCUCUUCAUCUAGCUCAUCCGACUCGGAUUCAGAUGAUUCAAAUGAUUCUUCAAAGAAAAAGGCCAGUAAAAAUGAUCAAGGGAUGGAGAUAGGAUUCCAAGAUGGUGAAAUCAAGAAGGAACUUGAAGUAGCACUUUCAGAAGUAGCAGACUUGAAAAGGAUAAUAGCUACUAAAGUUAAAGAACACGAAUCUCUAAAUUUAGAACACCUGACAGCUUUAAGUAAGAUACAAGAAGCAGAUGGAAUUAUUAGAGAUUUGAAGGUUGAAGCUGAGACUUGGGAUGCUCAGAAGUCUAAAUUUCAGCUCGAAAUUGAAGAACUGAAUCUGAAGUUGAGUAAUUCCGGUAAGAUUGAAGCUGAGUUGAAUGGGAGAUUAAAUGGUAUGGAAACAGAGAUGAAUAGCUUCAUUGAAGAAAAGGAGACUGCAAGAAGGAGGGUUGAAGAGGGGGAAAAAACUAUAGAGGAAUUGAAGACUUUGGCUGAUCAGUUGAAGGAGAAGUUGUCAGUCACAAUGGAAGAAAAGGAGACUCUUAACUUAAAACACUUGGAAGCGUUAAACAAUAUACAAAAAGUAGAAAAGGUUAUAGGAGCCCUGAGGGUUGAAACCGAGGCAUUGGGUCUUGAAAAAUCUAAAUUUCUUCUCGAUAUUGAAGACCUGAGUCAGAAGUUGAGUGCUGCUGGUGAAAUUCAGUCGAAAUUGAAUGGGAGACUGAAAGAUAUUGAAAUAGAGAAGGAAACAUUGACCAAGGAGAAGGAGACUGCGUGGAGAAAAAUUGAGGCGGGGGAUAAAAUCGUAGAAGAAUUAAAUGCCACGAUUGAUUCAUUGAAGCAGCAGUUAACAGCUACAACUGAAGACAAGGAAGCUCUGAACCUAGAACAUGGGACAGCUUUAAGCAAACUAAAUGAAGCAGAAAAGAUCAUAGCAGACAUGAGGAUUGAAGCAGAAAGCUUUGGUGUAGAAAAAUCUGAAUUUCUUCUUAAGAUUGAAGAGCAGAACCAGAAGUUGAGUCUUGCUGAAAAUUUAGAAGCAGAUUUGAAUAGGAAAUUGAAAGACCUGGAAAUAGAAAAGGACAAGUUGAUAGAGGAAAAAGAGAUUUCCUCAAGGUUGAUUAGAGAGGCAGAAAAAGUUAAAGAAGAAAUAGAUGCAACAGUUGAGCAACUGAAGAGGCAAUUGGCAGCUACAAUUGAAGAAAAGGAAGCUCUGAACUUACAGCACUUGGAAACUUUAAGUAGGGCACAAGAAGCAGAUACUAUCACAAGAGAUAUGAAGGUUGAAGCAGAAACCUGGGGUGUUGAAAAAUCUAAAUUGCUGCUUGAGAUUGAAGAGCUGAAUCAGAAGUUGGAUGCUGCUGGAAAAUUGGAAGCUCAAUUGAAUGAGAGAUUGAAAGUUGUUGGAAUGGAACAUGAUAACUUGAUCAAGGAAAAGGAAGCUGCGCAGAGGACAAUUGAAGGACAAAAAAUUAUAGAAGAACUAAAUAUCAUGACUGAUCAGGUGAAGAGGCAGUUGACAGUGACGAUUGAAGAAAAGGAAGUUCUGAACUUGGAUCAUGCGAUAGCUUUAGGCAAGAUAAUUGAAGCUGAUAAGAUCAUAGGAGAUAUGAAGACACAAGCUGAAACAUGGGGCGUUGAAAAAACUGAUCUUCUGCACAUGAUUGAAGAGAUGAGUCAGAGGAUAAGCAAUGCUGCUACCAUAGAAGCAGAACUCGGUGGAAGAUUGAAAGAUAUUGAAAUCGAGAGAGAUGGCUUGAUCAAGGAAAAGGAGAUUGCAUGGAAGGAGAUUGAACAAGGUAAACAGGUCAGAGAACAAUUAAAUGCCACGAUCGAUCAACUGAACAGCCAAUUGACAACUACAGCAGAAGAAAAGAAAGCUCUCAACUUAGAACAUGUGAUGGCUUUAAGUAAGCUUCAAGAAGCAAAUAAAAUCAUAGAAGAUGUUAAAGUCGAAGCAGAAACUUGGGACCUAGAAAAAUCUAAGCUGUUGCUUCAAGUUGAAGUGUUGAAUCAGAGACUGAGCGAUGCUUCUAAGUUAGAAACAGAACUUAAUGAAAGAUUGAAUAGUGUGGAAACUGAGAAAGACAACUUGAUGAAAGAAAGGGAGACUGCAUGGAAGAGGAUUGAAGAGGGAGAGAAAAUUAUAAAGGAAUCAAGUGAGAUUGGUGAUCGGCUAAAAGAAGAAAAGAUGACCAUUUCCCAAGAAUUGGAAACAGUUCGAGGAGAAGUUUCUUUCUUGAAGCAACAAAUUCAGUCUACAGAACAGCAGGCUGCAAACUUGACGCAUUCUCUUGAAGCAUCUGAGGGAGAAAAUAGAUUAUUGAACUUGAAAAUUAUGGAGAUCUCGAGUGAGAUUCAAUUGGCUCAACAAACGAACCAAGAACUUGUGUCUCAGUUGCAAUUGUUGAAGGAGGAUUUGGGUGUGAGGGAAACAGAACAUUCUAUUCUUGUUGAGAAGCACGAAGUGCAUAUGAAUGAAUCAUUAAAUCGUGUAAAUAUGCUAGAAGCUCAAGUUACACGGUUGGAAACAGAAUUGGAGUUAUUGCGAGCACACGAAAAAGAUUUGUUUCAACAAUUGGAGUUAAAAACAGCUGAAGCAAAACAAUUGGGAGAGGAAAAUAUUGGACUACAAGCCCAAGUUUCAGAGAUCGAAGUAUUAUUUAGGGAGAGAGAAAAUGAAAUUUCAAUUCUCAGAAAGAAACUUGAAGACAGUGAGAAUCGAUCGUCAUCUAACACAGCAAAUUUGACUCUGGAGAUCAACCGUCUACUAGAAGAGGUUAAUUCUUUACAUUCUCAAAAAGGUGAACUAGAAGGGCGGAUGAUAUGCCAGAAUGAAGAAGCUUCAUUGCAAGUCAUGGGCCUGACAGAUCAAGUGGAUACGUUGCAGCAACAGUUGGAAUUCCAACAGAGCCAAAAAAUUGAAUUGGAGUUGCAACUUGAGAGGACAACUCAAACGAUUUCAGAAUAUACAAUACAGAUACAAAAGUUUAAGGAGGAAAUAGAAGACAAGAUUUCGGAUCUACAGAGACUAGGGAAAGAGAAAGAAGAUUUAAUAGUGCGAAUCAAGGAUCUUGAAUCAGCAUUUGACUCCUUAUGCAAUGAAAAGCACAAUCUUACGGAGAAACUUAAAAGUCAGAUGGAUGAGAAUAGUCAAUUCAGGGAGGAAAAGUUUGAGUUGGAGAAGAAAAUUUUUGAAUUAGAAAGUACCUUGACAGAUAGAGGAGUUGAGCUUUCUGCUAUCCAUGAGAAGCACAGAAAUGGAGAGGCUGAAGCUUCAAGCCAAAAGCUAAUCUUAGUGGCUCAGGUUGAAAAUCUGCAAGAGAAGUUGAAUUCUUUGCAGAAUGAAAAAAGUGAAAUUGAGUUGCGGGUUGAAAGGGAGAAACAAGAACUCUUGGAUACCUUAACUCAACUGAAAAAGGAGAAAGUUGAGCUGUUGAGUUCAAUUGGUGAUCAUCAAAGAAAUUUGAAGGAACAUGAGGAUGCAAACAAAAAGCUAAAUAAUGAGUAUAAACUGGUUGAAGAUCAGUUUCGAGAAUGUAAGCUAAAGCUUGAUAAUGCAGAAUUGAAGAUGACAGAAAUGGCCCAAGAAUUUCAUAGAGACAUUAGAUCAAAUAACCAAGUGAAGGAUGACCUGGAGCUAAUGGCUGAGGAUCUAAAAAGAGACCUGGAAGUAAAAAAUGAUGAGAUAAAUAGCCUGGUUGAAAAUGUUCGCACAAUUGAAGUCAAGCUCCGGUUAUCAAACCAGAAGCUUCGUGUUACAGAACAAUUAUUAAGUGAAAAGGAAGAGAUAUUUCGGAAAGCUGAAUUGAAAUAUCUAGAGCAACAGAGACUGCUUGAGGAAAGAAUUCAUGGACUAUCUGCAACCAUUGUUGCUAACAACGAAGCACACCAAAGGACAAUAUCUACCAUUUCAGAAAACAUUAACAGUAACCUCUGCCAACUGGAAUGUGUUAUCAGGAAAUUCAUAGUGGACUAUGCAAAGUAUGAGAAGUGUGUCAUUGAGACAUCCCACGAUCUACAGCUUGCAAAGAGUUGGGUCUCAAAUGCUAUUCAAGAAACAGAAGACCUAAAAAAAGAGGUGGCAAACCUUGGAAAACAACUUCAAGAUAAGAAAGAGAGAGAAUCAGUAUUAGUAAAACAGAUUGAGAAAUUGGAGAUUAAGGCCAACAAGGAAGGAUCUGAGAAGGAUGGAUUGGUUCAAGCCAUCCACCAACUUGAAAAGAGACAGAGAGAAUUAGAGAAGAUGAUGGAAGAGAAGAAUGAAGUUAUGUUGAGUUUGAAAGAGGAGAAAAAAGAAGCGAUAAGGCAACUUUGCAUGUUGAUUGAGUAUCAUCGUGACCGCUAUGAUUUUCUUAAAGAUGAGGUCUUAAAGCUGAAUGUUAAAGGAGGCCAGAGUGUAAGAUAGUAUUUAAACAAGAACAAUGGAAAUCAUUCGAGAAAUAAUAAAAGAAAAAUUGUAGAGAAAUGAGAAAAAGGCACCAUGGGUUGUGGCCACCCCUGCAAAGGCAUUGUGUUGGUGGAUGUGAAGUUCCGAGAUAACCCUAAUUUUAUUAGGGUAAUUGAGGAUCCUCUUUAUAAGCAAAUUCCCUAUAUUCAAAAGAGAGUUUGACAUUGUAUAGCUAGAUGUAAAAUUGCAAGAAAACUCCCUAAUUUUGAUUAGGGUAAUUGGGACCUUUAUGUAGAAAGUAAAAUUGUCAAAUGCACUAGAGGCUUUGGUAUCUAGAGGAAGACGUAGAUUGCUCGAGAUCUAGACCUAGUUGCAUCGAGAAUUCAUGGAAGAUCUAAAGAACAUGAGAAAGAUGGCUUGAGAAAUUAGAGAUGAUAUUGAGUAUUCUUUUCUUUUGUACAUUUAUAUUUGUAUUAUAGGAUUUGUUGUAGAUUCUUUUUUCCUUCGAUUUAUUGUUAAUGGAGACUCCUUUUAAAGGAAUGAUAAAUCUUGUUCAUUCGUGAAAA